UUACCUUUGUUUACCCCCACUCGAAUUGUUAAAUGGUAAAAGGUAACUUAAGUUUUGGUUUCAGUGAAUUAAAUAAGACGGGUGCUAAUAAUGAAUGCUGGAAUUAGAUUGACUAGGUAGACGCGGAAUUAAAUUGACUAGGUAGACGCGUUAAUUUAUUACUAUUUGUGACCUCAAUAAUAAUGGUGUAUGUUAUUUUUCGUUUCCUUUCCCUAUUAGAUGCCAUUUCGGUAUUGGUCUUUUUUAUAGAAAGUUGUAGUAAUAUAAUUGUGUAAGACUGAAUCCAAAAAGGAUGGAAUCCUAUAAAGAGACGUGGAAUCCUAUUCCAAUACUCCUCCUUCGAGUAAAGAAUAAAUAAUAGCAUGGCAAGAAAAGAAAUUAAACUUGGCUGAGAAUACUCCGGCCUUUUAUAAAGCCUGUUUUUGGCCCAAAUAGCUAUAUCUUUGUUUAAUUUGCCUAUACUCGUUUACAAAUCAAAAGCUAACGCUAAGAAUGUUCUGUCAAAUGUCAAAAGCCCAAAAGUUGAAUAUCAAAUACGAGAGAAAGACCCGACCCACACAUCAACAGACAAAUUAAUCGUAACCGGAAAACUUAAAACCGAAUUCGGUUUGGUUGGUGUGGAGUUUCUUUCUGGGUUUGCUAAACCAAACCAUCCAAUUCUUCUUCUUCUUCUCCGUCUUCUCUGAUUCAGGAUCACUUUAGGUGACUCAACGUUGCUGUUUGGCUCUUUAAAAUCUAUCUCUUUUUUUAAUAAAGGAUAGUGAAGGAAAUGGCGAAUUGGAUCUCGUCGAAGCUCAAAGCCGCCGAAACCAUUCUUCAACAGAUCGAUCAGCAGGCAGCAGAGUCACUUCGGAAAGAUGAAAAGUCUGAGACACAUGAGGAGGUGUUUGAGACCUCUUCAAAAUCUUCGAGUCCCGUUUCUUUGAAAGAUCAGUUGAGGAAGAAAACAUAUUAUGAUGGUAGUGACUCUGGUGGUGGUGGAUCUCAGAGAAACUCAACUGAGCAAAAACCUAGCUACUUUAGUAGUGGUAAAAAUCUACGGAAACUAGAUCAAUCCCGAGAGAGGACAACAAGUUCACCUUCGAAAAUUUUGACGCAAGAGAAACCUACACUCACUGACGCUGACUGGACAGAGCUUCUUAGUGCUCCUCCUCCGAAUCAGGGGACCACCAGCGCUCCUAAGCCUCGUACUCCCCGUGGAACAUCUGUGAUUCGAGGAUUGAAGAAGGAUGGGAAAAGGCAAGUGAAUGGAGGAAAAAGUCCUUCGGUAUCUGAUGCAAAGAGGAGUGAGAAGACUAGUGGUGGUAAUGUGGUUGAUUCAAGAGGGAAGUCACAGAAGCAGACGGAUAAGGAACCAAGUGCUACUAGCCCUUCUGAUACUAAGAAUGUUUCUCAGGACAUAUCUGUGAAGUCAACUCACAAGGAGAGUGAGAAGGAUGUCAUUGCUGAGCCACCUUCCCUGGAUGGCUCCACAAAAUCUGCCAAGGAGAGUCUCCCUAGGGAACCAUUACCAAGUGCAGGAAAGCAAGUGAGGGGAGAGAUUUUGCGGAGAAAUGUUUCUGAUGGUUUAAAGAGGAAGGAUUCUUCCUUGUCCAGCGAUGAGUCUGAAUCGGAUUAUGAGUCUGAUUCAAGCACUGACUCUGAGAGAGAGCGUCAGAGGGAGGAGCGGAGGAGGAGAAGAGAGAAAAUUUUCGCUGAAAAAGUUGCAGCAAAAGCUGUAGCGGUCAUCAAAGAGCGGGAGAAUAUGGUUGCGAGACUCGAGGGUGAGAAACAGAGUUUAGAGAAAAUUGUUGAGGAACGAGCUAAACAACAGGCACAAGAGGCUGCGGAGUUGCAAACAAACAUGAUGGAAACACUUGAAGCUGCUGACCUUGAAAAACAGAAGCAUAACAACACUAGAAUGGAAGUUUUUUCACGCUUGGCUGGAUUAGAGGCGGCAAACGCUGAGCUCACGAGAUCGCUUGCUGCUGGGCAGAAGAAGCUUGAAGCUCAGAUAGAUCAGGUAGCAGUACUCCGAGAACAAGUUGAGCUUAAGGAAUCUACUCUUGAAGGACUGAAGCGAAAAACUUCAAAUAUCCGAGGAAGUGGAAAUCUCGUAAAUAAGUUAGAUGCUUCUAGAGGAGAUAAGUUCGAACACCAGAUGCUUGAAGCUGAGAUUUCUUUGCUGACUGAUAAAAUCGGGUGGUUACAAGAUAAGGCAAAUAAACUGGAAGCAGACAUCAAUACGAUGAGGAAAGAACUGGAAGAACCAACUGAAGUGGAAAUGGAACUGAAACGAAGACUUGACCAGCUAACUGACCAUCUUAUUCAAAAACAAUCCCAGGUCGAAGCGCUUUCCUCGGAGAAAGCAACUCUAUCGUUUAGAAUCGAGGCGGUAUCAAGGCUUAUAGAAGAGAACAAAGGCAUGUCUGCAACAGAAGCCUCGUCCCAAGAUCUUGAAGCAGGAGAAUGGCAACUCUCAGGGUCAAAGUUCAAACCAGCUUUACAAGAUAAAAUCAGGUCAGGCAAGAAACACUUGGGAUGGUUAGUGAUGCAGCUAAACGCUAUAUUCGUCUCUGGAACUGUCUUCUUGCGUAGGAACCCCACUGCAAAAAUCUGGGCUUUGGUGUAUCUGGUUUGCCUUCAUCUCUGGGUACUAUACAUUUUACUCUCUCACUCAAGUGAUUCUUCCUCGAGUGAACUGAGAUCAGGUGCAGUGAUUUCCUUAGAGAAUUUCAGUAAUAGUUCACUUCGUCAGUAGCUUUCUUCGAUAAAAGAAAUUACUUUAUUGAAUUAUAUGUAAUUGUCCUGCUUCCAACAUCUUUUUAAGCUUUGAUUUGAAUCUUAAUUGUAUUCUCAAUCAAUGUAUCAAUCACGUUUCACAAAUA